AUGUUUCUCACACUAAUGAUGCAGAGACCUGGAUCUUUGUGUUUAUCUUCAUGGAUCACAGCAGGAACUGGAGUUCUAUGUCUAACCUUCUUCCAGUCAGCAGACUCUGGGUCGGACUGUGAGCUGGGCGAGAGGUGUGUUGGACAGAGCGAUGGAAACUUUAGCAUCUGGUAUGUGUGGUUCCUGGUGCUGUUUUUGCUGGCCGUGCUCCUGUCCUGCGGGAUCUGCUGCUGCCUGCAGUGCUGGCUGAAGCGGCGGAGCUGCCGCCCCCGACGCACCGUGGCUGUCUUUGCCCUCAGCAGCUCGGAUGCCUUUUGUGCUACUGAAGCACCUCCGUGCCCAUCCUCUGGAUCCCUGAGCCCCUGCAUGACUGCAGAGAAUCCCUCUUCUCCUGCCCCAUGCAUCAACCUCGGGGGAACUGAAUUGCCUCCAUCUUAUGAGGAUGUUGUGAAGGAAAACAAGGUCUAG